AUGAUAGCAAAAGUAUUGGUGAUAUGUUUGGCGAUUGCAAUGAGUGAGUGUCUGCCGAAGACAAUCACUUUAAAUAAUGGCAAACAGAUGCCUAUAAUAGGUUUGGGGACCUAUCAGGCCACGGGGGAUGUGAUCUACUCGUCGGUGAUAAACGCGUUGUCUGUGGGCUACAGACAUAUAGACACCGCAUAUUUGUAUGACAACGAGAAAGACAUCGGAAGAGCUCUGAAGCAAGUGUUCAGCGAAGGAAGGAUCAAACGCGAGGACGUGUUUGUUGUGAGCAAACUGUGGCACACUUUCCACAGCAGACCACUGGUCAUGGAAGCGAUGCACAAGUCUUUGGACAACUUAGGCCUCGAUUACUUGGAUCUAUACCUCAUUCACUUCCCAUUUGGUCUGAAAGAGGGCACAAACGAGACGACGCCUGUCGACGAGAAGGGAAGGGUUCUGUUCUCUGAUGUCGAUUACAUCGAGACGUGGAAAGGCAUGGAAGACGUGUACGACAAGGGAUUCGCCAAAUCCAUUGGUCUCUCGAACUUCAACUCCAAGCAAAUCGAUCGCAUCCUAGGGAUGGCCAGAGUGUUGCCGGUUGUCAAUCAAGUGGAAUGUCAUCCAUAUCUCAAUCAAAAACGAUUAUUGGAUUUCUGUAGCCAACGAAAGAUUGUUUUGACGGCUUAUAGUCCUUUAGGAACCGGAAGGCUAUUGAAUGAGACAAAGGUGUUGGACAUCGCUGAGAAACACGGCGUCAGUGCGGCUCAGGUGCUCAUCAGAUACGAGGCUCAGAGGGGUAUUGUAGUCAUACCGAAGGCCACGAGCAGGAAGUAUAUCGAAGAAAAUUUUCAUAUUUUUAAUCUUACACUCAGUGAACAAGAUAUGAAAGAUAUUGAUAGUCUUAACCAAAAUCUGAGAUAUAAUGUCGUCGAUUAUGCAAAGAAUAACAAAUACUAUCCCUUUAAUGAACCAUUUUAA